AAUCAGAUUCACAAGCUCAACAUGUAUUCUCUCACCAAGCUCUUCGUCGCCGUCAUGGCCUUGUCUACCUUCGCCUCCACCAACCCCGUCGCUGAUAAGGGCGACACUCAGAACCUUGAGGCCCGUGGCGGCUGUCUUGGCUACGCUAACUACAAUGCUUGCCUUGCUGGUCGACACCGCGCAUGCCCUAUUGGUGCUGGCCAAGCCACUUGCUUUGCCACUGCCUCCAAGGUCUGCCAGCAGAACUGCUAAGGGACGCACAACCCAGACAAAGCUGGAAAGAGAAUGUUAGAUAGUGGGCAUUGAGUCAGUAGUAGCAUGAUUGGUUAAAACACUUCCAGUGCAACCUUAUAAGUAAAAUGGGCAGUGAUACAGUAACCUAAUUAUCUAAUACUAAUAUUUAC